AUGGACUCAGUCAAUCUGCGUCGCAAAGACACCACGAAGGGUCCGCCGCUGCGGAUCCUUUCUCUCGAUGGAGGUGGUGUUCGCGGCUACUCCAUGCUCAUAAUACUACAGGAACUCAUGUAUCGUACCUACGUUGAAUGUGAAGGGAAACCUCCUCGUCGCGACCAAAUACCUAAGCCUUGCGAACAUUUUGAUUUGAUCGUGGGAACCGGCACCGGCGGUUUGAUUGCGCUUAUGCUGGGACGUCUCCGCCUUGACCUCGAGACCUGCAAAGAAGUUUAUGUUCGCAUGACUCGCAAAGUGUUUGAAACAGACAAGACUAUUGCUGGUAUUCCUUAUCGAUCAACAUUGUUCAAGGCGUCCAAACUGGAGGAGGCUAUCCGAGAAUGUGUGCGGGAACAUACUGUUUUUGAAACCGAGGGCAAUGACCUGCCCAACAAUUCCAAUGCUCGAUCAUCCAUCGGAAGUCUUCCCUACAGCCCGAACUCAGUGCCCCAGCGCUCUGUCAGCCGAGGGAGUUUUAGCACCUCUGCUGCCUCACAUCCUCAAGCCCAAAGCCAAAGAGGGUCGACAUUUCUUAACGGGAUGCGCUGGGGUAACCCGGAAGCAACACUCUACGACAACCGGGAGCACCGGACCAAGACUGCUGUUACUGCGCUUUUCAAGGGCACCCCACGUAACGGACCAGUAGUGUUUUUACGCUCUUACGAUUCUCGUCGAGAACCCCCGCCCGAGUUUGACUGCACUAUUUGGCAAGCCGGUCGUGCCACCGCAGCUACUGGACUUGCCUUUAAACCUAUUCAGAUUGGCCAACACGUUUUCAUUGAUGAAGGCCCCGGAACCUACAACCCUGCCCCGCAGGUACUCGACGAGGCGAUUGUGAACGAGUGGCCUGGCCGGGAUGUUGGGGUUUUUGUCAGCGUGGGAACGGGGCGUCGACCAUCGGGCACCAAUAGCCGUCAGCAUGAGUGGUGGGAGGAUUUCUUUGGCGACGCACUGGGCACAUUCGCCGAGGCGCGGAGACGGCUGAUGACCAAGAUUGAGGGCUGUGAGGAUAUCCACCAAGAAAUGCUGCGGGACACCCUUGCCAAGCGUAAUGUCAACAAGGACAAUUAUUACCGGCUUAACGUGGAGGUUGGAGUAGGCGAAUUCGGCAUGAACGAGUGGAACCGCCUUGCAGAUAUCAGCACCAACACACGACGAUAUUUGGCAAAACCUGAGGUCAAGAAAAUGAUUCUGGACGCAGGUGUGAAGUUUGCCAAGAUUGACCGCAUGAAUAAACGCUUGGCAGACCACGCGGCAGCUGGUGGUGAUCGCGAUGAUAUGUCAUUUGACUUGGAGCGGGAAGAGAUCUCUAUCUCACAACAAGCACCGGUUUUCUCGGCGCCCCCACCUCCAAAAGCAUUUGCUGUGGAGCUACCCGCUGAGCCCGUGGAGAUGUAUCGGCCUCAGGGAUCACCGCCCAUCCCUGCCAGUGUGACGGUGACUGCACCACCGGAGGACGACUCACUUCCAACUCACCCUACUCCUCAAGACGGAUAUACCUCUCCUAUCCGGCAUUCAAGCGCCGAAAUACCCAAUUUCUACCAGAAUCAACCACAUGACAUGUACGGGCGACCAGUCUCGCAACCUUCUCUCCAUCAUAGUGGUGAUCAAGUCUUCCAUAACGGCAUGCCACCACCACCAGUGCCCCCAAAGACACCUAUCCCAUAUCCGUCACAGGAUGAUUCAGGAGGCGUGUCGAUGCCGGCUCCAUUGUUCACUCAUACUGAAAUUCCGAUGCCCAGUGGCACGACACGGCCGCCUUACCCAGUGGACGAACCGCCCCCGGUCGUGAACCGGCAACGCAAGCCAAGUUAUCAUGUGCGGUGA